AUGGAUGGGGCUUCCAAGGCACGCAGAAAGGAACGGGACGUACCCGUCGAGUACGAGUGUCCGCUGAAUAUUCUGUCUCGCGAUAUAUGGGUGAGGAUUGCCUCGAAGGUUGCAUCGAAUUCGAUCCGAGACCUACUCAGCAUGCAGGCUACUUGCAAGGUGUUCCUUGAUGCAUGUACUUCGGACGCUGUAUACCAGCAUGCGACGAUGUGGCAGAUACGGUUGGUCUCAUUUUUAUUUUACCUUGACCGGGCUGAAAAGAGGUUCCUCGAUCGAUGCGUCGAAAUGGGAAAUGCUGAUGCUAUACUCCGGCAGGGGUUAACGGAGUAUUUCUGGAUUGGACGCCGUGGCAUUGGAAUGGAACUGCUUGCCAGGGCCGCGACGGAGGGAAGCGUCGAAUCGGGUCACCUGUUUGCCAUGUUGCUACUGUGCGAACAUGAAGACGAAGAAGAAGUGCAAAAGGGUGUUGAAAUGGUAGAGUUUAUACGCACUUCCGGAAAGAUCGAAAUGUGCAGGGAGUUCUUCACAGACAUUUUCUGGGAGCGAUGGAUCGACGAGAGACCAUCGGAUCCGGGAUAG